AUGUUGUCGCUUAGAAAAUCUGCUGUUCAAUCUGCAGUAUCACGUCUUUCACUAGUUAAAAGAUCAUUCCAAACAACGCCAAGAGUUUUACAGACUCAAGGUGAUGUUGGUGGUGAAUCUGCUCCAGGUUCACUUGGUAAUGGUAAAUACCAUAUUGUUGACCACGAAUACGACUGUUUAGUCGUUGGUGCUGGUGGUGCAGGUUUGAGAGCUGCAUUCGGUUUAGCUGAAGCUGGUUACAAAACCGCUUGUAUAUCAAAAUUGUUCCCAACCAGAUCUCACACCGUGGCAGCUCAAGGUGGUAUCAAUGCUGCCUUGGGUAACAUGCACCCUGAUGACUGGAAAUGGCACAUGUAUGAUACCGUCAAAGGUUCUGACUGGCUUGGUGACCAAGAUUCCAUUCACUAUAUGACUCGUGAAGCUCCAAAAUCCAUCAUUGAAUUAGAACACUACGGUGUUCCAUUUUCCAGAACUGAAAGUGGUCGUAUCUACCAAAGAGCAUUUGGUGGUCAAUCAAGAGAUAGAGGUAAAGGUGGUCAAGCUUACCGUACUUGUGCGGUUGCCGAUAGAACCGGUCAUGCUCUUUUGCAUACUUUGUAUGGUCAAGCUCUAAGGCAUAACACUCAUUUCUUCAUCGAAUAUUUUGCUCUUGAUCUAUUGACUCACAACGGUGAAGUUGUUGGUGCUAUGGCUUACAACCAAGAAGACGGUACCAUUCAUAGAAUGAGAGCUCACAAGACUAUCAUCGCUACUGGUGGUUAUGGUAGAACUUACUUCAGUUGUACUUCCGCUCACACCUGUACCGGUGAUGGUAAUGCUAUGGUUGCUCGUGCUGGUUUCCCACUACAAGAUUUAGAAUUUGUUCAAUUCCAUCCAUCUGGUAUCUACGGUUCUGGUUGCUUGAUCACCGAAGGUGCUCGUGGUGAAGGUGGAUUCUUGCUCAACUCUGAAGGUGAACGUUUCAUGGAACGUUAUGCCCCAACUGCUAAGGAUUUAGCAAGUAGAGAUGUUGUUUCUCGUUCCAUCACUAUGGAAAUUAGAGAAGGUAGAGGUGUUGGUAAGGAGAAGGACCACAUCUAUUUGCAAUUGUCCCACUUGCCACCUUCUGUUCUACAAGAAAGACUUCCAGGUAUCUCUGAAACCGCUGCUAUCUUUUCUGGUGUUGAUGUCACUAAGCAACCAAUUCCUGUCUUGCCAACCGUUCACUACAACAUGGGUGGUAUCCCAACCAAAUGGAAUGGUAACGCAUUGACCAUUGACCCAGAAACCGGUGAAGACAAAGAAAUUCCAGGUUUGAUGGCCUGUGGUGAAGCUGCCUGUGUUUCCGUCCACGGUGCUAACAGAUUGGGUGCCAACUCUUUGCUAGAUUUGGUCGUCUUUGGUCGUGCUGUUGCCCACACCGUUUCUGAUGAAUUACAACCUGGCUUGCCUCACAAACCAUUGCCAACAGACCUAGGUAGAGAAUCUAUUGCUAACUUGGAUAAGAUAAGGAAUGCAACUGGUUCCAGACCAACCGCCGACAUCAGAUUGGCAAUGCAAAAGGCAAUGCAAAAAGAUGUCUCUGUGUUCAGAACUCAAGAAACUUUGGACGAAGGUGUUAAAAACGUCUUGGCCAUUGACAAGACUUUGGAAGACGUCCGUACCACUGAUAGAUCAAUGAUCUGGAACACGGAUAUGGUCGAAACUUUAGAAUUGCAAAACUUGUUGACUAACGCUACUCAAACCGCUAGCUCUGCCGCCAACAGAAAGGAAUCUCGUGGUGCUCACGCUAGAGAGGAUUACCCAGACAGAGAUGAUGCUAACUGGAUGAAGCACACUCUAUCUUGGCAAACUAAAUCUGGUGAUGACGUCAAGAUCAAGUACAGAAAUGUCGCCUCUCAAACAUUGGAUGAAUCAGAAGUUUCAUCUGUUCCACCAGCUAUCAGAUCCUACUAA